GCUUCUUUCCUUGCCUGCCGCGCAAGAGCUCGGCCAGAUGCAGCCUGCGUCGAUCUCCAUAUCGUGAUUGCCGGGUCUGGCAUCCAAUGGAUUUGCGCGGGAUGUCACAGCAUCGAGCAUCUGUCAAGUUGUCAGUGAAACUGCAGGUAUCAUCAUCCGCCCGUCGGGAGGCGGGCUGCCCUACAUUUUGACUGAGGAUCCCAUUCAGGUUUCGUGCUUCAAUAAUUAUGCAUGCAAAGUGAUUCUUUUUCUCGGCCGGAAAAUGCUCUCAUGGGUUGGAAAGAAAACAAAACACCAAACUGCGGCAACUUCCUUUCCCCCACCCGAUUACCUACCAUGCACCCACAUGAGGCCCUGUCCAAUGAUCGUCGGCCAGGGGGCUUCGGCGAACUCGGGCACUUCCCUUUUUCUUUUUCUUUUUGGCAACCUCUUCCGCAUGGAUAACAGCAAUCCAAAAAAAAAACAUUCCGAUCAUCUUCCUGAUCCGACUUUCAGCUCUUGGCCGGCGAUUCUCUGGGACCAUUAUUACGAUGACGUCUGGAUGACUUGGGAUCGAGAUGCUCCUCUUCCCCUCUCGAUUGUCGCUUCCCUGGCCUUUUCUUUCUUUUCUUUCUGGGGAAGCAGCUUUGCCUCUCGGAUCCAACCCGGCGUGACAUACAGGUCUCGGAAGCGAGGCAUGGUGUUUGUGCAUAUUGUGAUAAUUGACAGGUCAAUUUCAUAUCAGAAACUCGAGAGCUCACCGUGCAAGGUGAAAAGUAAUCCCCCUACCAAAACCGGGCCUAUUGCUCGGUCAAUUGGCUGCCGACUCGUGAGAUGGAUGCAGGGGAGAAGAAACCCGCAUCAAAACAAUGGGAGGUGCCGCUGCCGCGUUUCCAAGAGAGUCAAACACGAUGCAAAUUCUCAAUAUUUCCUGCAUUUGUUAUCACCAAAAACAACCGACGUCCCUUCAUGAUGAUGCAAGCACACCACGAACCGUUGGCCAUCGCUCUCGUUAACUGUCGACUCUGAUGGCCCGAGGCGCCGAGGUUCAGGGGUUCAUCUGCAUCUUAGUCACUGUCCGAAGCGGUUCGGACAAGAUCUUCACAUUGGUAAUUGUAGGCAAUUUCCCCCGUCCAGAAAGCUGUCAGAAAAAUGACCACCACGUGCGCUUAUUCUUCCCCGAUGACUCGACUGGAUAAUUGAAGAACCGAACGUUGUGUUCUCGGCAGAUUUUCUCAGGUAUUCAUCUGCAACCAGACACAUGUGGCACUCGACCGAAACACGCGUGGGAGCGCGCGUGAGUGCUGGUUUCCAAAAGAUUCUAUUAAAUCAGGCUAGGGGGACAGAUAUCGGCACAUAUGCGAGCCCACGAUUACCAAGCGUCAAAACACUUACCCAGAGGGUGACUGCACGAAAGCUGGGGCUUUUGCGAGUAGUCCCGCUCAAGGAUAUCGCGAAUGUUGUUCAAAAGCUCGACAUAGCUCUGCUGGGGGUUGGCCUUGAGAGCAGAGAUGAAGGCAUGGGACAUAGCACCCGUGGCUUGAGAGUUGAUGGUGGCAUCGGCCGAGGCGUCGUUGCCCUUGAAGGCACUCUUUGCGAGACCGAAUAUGCUGGUGGCCACGGACGCCAUGUCGCCACGGGCAUACGCACCCACCGCCGACAGCAAGCCCGCGCCGGCUUCCUUGGCCAGGUUGGGCUCCUUGAGAAGACCCUUGGUGUUGUAGACAUAUGGAAGAUCAAGCACAGAGCCAGAGUGGCACGAGUCGAAAAUGGCCGUCAGCCGGACGCCUUCGACCAGGGGCUUCACAACGUGGAAGUGGAUCUCGUCGUCCACAAUAUGGCCGUUCUCCUUGAAGUCGACAGGGUAAAUAACCUCAUCGUGUCCAUCCUCCUCGUCGCCAUCAUGGUCCUCGGUUUGACCGCCGUGGCCUAG